AUGCCCAAGACACAACCAAAUAAAAAAUAUAUCAAAAAAAACUCAAAUAAUAAUAAUCCAAUAGAAGUAUCAAAAGUAAUAAAUACAGGUUCAUCUUCAAAAUUAAAAAAAAAAAUAAGAGAUAUAGAAAGACUUCUUAAAAAAUCCUCAGAACCAAAUUCAAAAUCAAAAUUACCAGCAAAUAAAAAAAUUGAAUAUGAAAGAGCAUUAAAAGGUUUAAACAUUGAAUUACAACAAUCACAAUUUAAUAUAAAACAAAAAACAAAUGCAACAAAAUAUCAUAUGGUUAGAUUUUUUGAAAAAAAAAAAGCUAUACGUAAAUUAAAACAAUUAAGAUCUCAAUUUAAAGAAAUUGAAAAAACUGGAAUUAAAAAAGAUAUAAAAAAGGUAAGAAAACAAUUACGACAUGGAGAAAUUGAUUUAUUAUAUAUUGUUUUAUUUCCAAAAUCUGAAAAAUAUAUUUCUUUAUAUCCUAGUUCAAAUAAUGAAAAUUUAAAUGAUCCAAAUGUGAAAGCAGGCCUCAAGAAGACAGAAGCAAGAAGAUCGGAAUUUAAAAAACAAGUUGAAUCAAUGCUUAAGGAAAAUAAAUUAGAUUUUACAAUUGAUGAUAUAUUACAAAAUAAAAAACAAAUUAAAACUCUUGAAAUUAUUAAACCAACUAAAGAAAUCGACGCACCAGAGACAAAAGAAGAAAAUAAGGAAGAAGAAGAAGAUGAUUUCUUUGAAUAA